AGUCAGACCCAGUGGCUGUGAAAGGCGCCACGCUGCAGAGAUGGAGCGUCUCCUGAGCAAGUGUCAGAUCAAGAGCCAGCUGGUCCGCGAGUGUCUGGCCGAAUGUCUCGGCGUCUACAUCCUGAUCCUGUUCGGAUGUGGCUCCGUUGCCCAGGUGACGACGAGUCGGAAGGAGAACGGCCAGUACCUGUCAAUCAACUUGGGCUUUGCUCUUGGAGUGAUGUUCGGCGUCUUCGCCUCCCGCGGAGUCUCGGGUGCCCACCUGAACCCAGCGGUGUCACUGAGCUUGUGCUUCCUGGGCCGACAUCCCUGGACCAAAUUGCCUUUCUAUGUUUUCUUCCAAGUGCUGGGAGCCUUCCUGGCCGCUGCCACUGUGGGUCUGCAGUACUACGAUGCUAUUCACAGUUUCAGUGGCGGUGAACUGACCAUCACGGGCCCCACGGCGACUGGAGGGAUUUUCUGCACCUACCCAGCCAACUACCUGAGUUUGUGGGGGGGCUUCAUGGACCAGGUGAUAGGCACAGCUGCCUUGCUGCUCUGCAUCCUUGCGUUAGGUGACCAGAGACAAGGGCCCAUCGCAGAUGGUCUUCAGCCGGCCCUCGUGGGCGCCCUGGUGCUAGUCAUUGGCGCUUCAAUGGGCUCCAAUUCCGGCUAUGCCAUCAACCCAGCCAGGGAUUUUGGGCCCCGAUUAUUCACUUACAUUGCUGGCUGGGGCGAGGAAGUUUUCAGAGCCGGGAACAAUUGGUGGUGGAUUCCCAUCGUGGCUCCAUGCGUUGGAGCUCUGCUCGGGGCGCUCAUAUACCAGCUGACGGUUGAAGUCCACCACCCUCCAACUAUGUCCAAGACCUUAUCGUGUCCAGAGAAAACCAAGCUGGAGAUGUCACCUGAAGUGAAGCUAUGAAACACACACAGGAAGACACAAACAAAAAUGUCUUGAAACCUCUUCCAUCUUCAACAUUCUUGGUCCAAGACGGUCUCGCCUCUUCACAUGUACACACCAUCUGGCCUCCUUAACUUUCCCAACUUCUCCAUGAUCUUGCCCUCUGAUAUACUGAAUUUUGACAACUAUAUCAUAAGUAAACAUCAUGGUCCAGGGAGACUCUUCCCUAACCUCAUACAACCAGUGUGUGUUCAAUACUUCAAGAUAUUCUGAGUUAUUUUGUGUUGUUCAUCAAGACUUGAUUUAUUCAGCACUAGAUGCCAGAUGAAGAAACUAAUGACAAUUAUCACUAGACUCACUCACAGACAGGUUGGUUAGUGAAAAUAUAUAAUCAUGAAAAUUGCGCCAGUGUCAAAUAAAGGCGUUUCAUUUGUACCACUCAGAGAA